AUAACAUGGGCACCCAGGAUUACCCAUCCCUAAUAUUAAUAUAUGUCGGGAUAAUAAGUAUUGCAGCCAAGAUGGUGAGGAGGUUGCAAGCUUUUAACUCAGACGUGAGUAUAUUGUAGACUGAUUUUCCUGGAAGUUUGUCUUUCAUUUUCAAAGUAAAAUAAGCACAUUCACAUGUCCAGAGCUCAGGAAGAGAGUCCUCUCAGAGGCAAAGACCAGAAGACUCAAAAUGAAGGCAUUACCAGCUCCUAUUGCACCUCUGACAAUGACUGCCUCUGUAGCCUUGGACAAAUCCUUUAAUCUCUCUGUCUUAAUCUUCCCUAGCCGUCAGAUAAAGACUGAAGAAUGCGAGCUGGAAGUAGUUGAACAGGAGAAGGACGUCACAGCUUUGUCCUCCAGAGACGCUUGCAAAUGCCAUAAAGAAGACUUGGCCAAGGCUCUGCAUGUCGAUUUACAAACGGGACUCUCGGAGUUAUCUGUGCUCCAUCGCAGGCUGACCCAUGGCUGGAAUGAAUUUAUAGUAGACAAUACGGAGCCAAUAUGGAAGAAAUAUCUAGACCAGUUUAAGAACCCGCUGAUUCUACUGCUGCUGGCUUCUGCCUUAGUGAGCGUCAUCACAAAAGAGUACGAGGAUGCUGUGAGCAUUGCAAUGGCCGUGCUAAUUGUGGUUACGGUGGCCUUCAUCCAGGAAUAUCGCUCUGAAAAAUCUUUGGAAGAGCUCAACAAGCUAGUCCCUCCAGAGUGUAACUGCGUAAGGGAAGGGAAACUGCACCAUCUUCUUGCACGGGAACUUGUCCCGGGAGAUAUCGUGUGUCUUUCUGUUGGAGACAGGGUUCCCGCAGAUCUCAGACUGAUAGAGGUUACAGACCUGUUGGUGGAUGAAUCCAGUUUUACUGGCGAAGCUGAGCCUUGUAGCAAGACUGAUGGUACCUUAGUGGAAGCUGGGGACAUAACGACACUAAGUAAUGUUGUUUUCAUGGGAACCCUGGUGCGGUAUGGGACGGGAAAAGGAGUGGUUAUUGGAACCGGCAAAAACUCGCAGUUUGGAGAAGUGUUCAAAAUGAUGCAAGCAGAGGAGACACCUAAAACUCCUCUGCAGAAAAGCAUGGAUCAGCUGGGGAAACAGCUUACCCUCUUCUCCUUUGGCAUAAUUGGUUUAAUAAUGCUCAUUGGCUGGUUGCAAGGAAAACAUCUGCUCAGCAUGUUUACUAUUGGAGUUAGCCUGGCUGUGGCUGCCAUCCCAGAGGGCCUCCCAAUAGUGGUCACGGUGACACUGGUCCUCGGCGUUUUGAGGAUGGCCAAGAAAAGAGUGAUCGUGAAGAAGCUGCCCAUAGUGGAGACGCUGGGGUGCUGCAACGUCAUCUGUUCAGACAAGACGGGUACGUUGACGGCCAACGAGAUGACGGUCACUCAGCUCGUAACCUCAGAUGGAUUUCAGGCAGAGGUCAGCGGGGUUGGAUACAAUGGGAAAGGGAGUGUAUGCCUCUUACCAUCCAAGGAAGUCUUAAAGGAAUUUUCCAAUGUCUCCGUAGGAAAGCUAGUAGAGGCUGGCUGUAUAGCCAAUAAUGCUAUUAUUCGAAAAAAUAUUGUGAUGGGUCAGCCAACGGAAGGAGCCCUCGUCGCUCUUGCUAUGAAGAUGGAAUUAAAUGAUAUAAAAGAUAUUUAUGUAAGAAAGAAGGAAAUCCCAUUUAGCUCCGAACAAAAGUGGAUGGCAGUAAAAUGUAUAUUGAAAAAUCAGGAACAGGAAGAAAUUUACUUUAUGAAGGGAGCCUUUGAAGAAGUGAUUCGCUAUUGUACCAUGUAUAACAGUGGGGGCAUCUCGGUGCUACUUACACCACAGCAGAAAGCCAUCUAUGUCCAGGAGGAGAAAAGAAUGGGAUCUUUAGGCCUGAGAGUCCUUGCCUUGGCUUCAGGUCCAGAACUUGGCAGACUGACAUUUUUAGGCCUGGUUGGAAUAAUUGACCCUCCAAGAGCUGGAGUGAAGGAAGCAGUCCAGGUCCUGUUUGAGUCAGGGGUAUUGGUGAAGAUGGUGACAGGAGAUGCCUUGGAAACGGCUAUGGCCAUUGGACAGAGCAUUGGACUCUGCAAUGGGAAGCUGAAAGCCAUGUCUGGGGAAGAGCUGGAACAACUGGCAGAGUCAGAGCUAUCAUCCACAGUCAAACAAGUUUCCAUCUUCUUCAGAACCAGUCCAAAGCACAAACUAAAAAUCAUAAAGGCUCUGCAAAAGGCUGGUGCCAUUGUGGCCAUGACAGGGGAUGGGGUAAAUGAUGCCGUGGCCCUCAAAUCUGCCGAUAUUGGGAUUGCAAUGGGACAAGCAGGCACCGAUGUCAGCAAAGAGGCUGCCAACAUGAUCCUAGUGGACGACGAUUUCUCAACUAUCAUGAACGCAAUAGAGGAGGGAAAGGGAAUAUUUUACAAUAUAAAAAAUUUUGUCCGCUUCCAGCUCAGCACGAGCAUUUCAGCUUUGAGCUUAAUUACUCUGUCAACAGUAUUCAAUUUACCAAAUCCACUCAACGCCAUGCAGAUCUUAUGGAUCAAUAUCAUUAUGGAUGGACCUCCGGCUCAAAGCUUGGGAGUCGAACCAGUUGAUAAAGAUGCCAUCAAACACCCUCCCCGGAGUAUUACAGGCACAAUACUCAGCAGGGUGCUCAUCCUGAAAAUCUUCAUGUCUGCUAUCAUCAUCAUCAGUGGAACCCUCUUUGUCUUUUGGAAAGAGAAUCCCGAAAGUGGCAUAACCCCCCGAACCACAACAAUGACGUUCACUUGUUUUGUGUUUUUUGAUCUCUUCAAUGCCUUGACGUGCCGGUCUCAGACAAAGUUGAUAUUUGAGGUAGGAUUUUUCCGGAAUCGUAUGUUCUUGUACUCCGUCCUGGGGUCACUUCUAGGGCAAAUGGCUGUGGUGUACGUUCCUCCCUUACAAAAGAUCUUCCAAACAGAGAGUUUAGGAGCAUUAGAUCUGUUGUUUCUCGCCGGAUUGGCUUCCUCGGUUUUUAUUGUGUCUGAGCUCAUCAAGUUGUGCGAAAAACGCUGCUGCAGAACAAAGCAAGUGAGGAGUCACCCUGAGGUGUGAUGGACAAGAGACUUCUAUGAAGAACGUCCUUUGAACAAAGCUGUGACAUUUUGUAAUCCAGACGUGUCAGUUUGUGCCUAUGCAAAUCCCUUUUUGGAUACCUCGUCCCUGGAUAGGCCUUCCCACACCAGAUUACAUUCCUGUCCUGUUCUUCACCAACGGCAUUUCAGCUUUCCAUAGGAGGCUUCCAAGCUGCCACCGGGCACCCAGCAUUAUGUAUAUUUUCAUAACAUAUUGAUCUGUAUUGUUUUAUCUGAGACAAUCACUCUGGGUCACGUGGCUAUGCACCCGGUCUGAAAAAUCAACUAUGCAUAAACGGAAGUUUAUUUAUUUAAAUCACAAGGACUUUUAUUAAUAAAAUCGCGUUUCCAAUGUUUUAAACACGACGUUUCUGAGUAGAUCUCAGACUGGCCUUGUUAAAAACAGAGGUUAACGCUUAAAUAACAGCCAGUUAUUUUCUCUUUGCUUCCAUGAAACCUUAUCCUAUCUCCUACAGUGAAUGUUUAUGGUGUGUGGAGCCCAGAUCAGCUGGCCUUAAGAAAAUGCUGUUCAUUCAGUUGGGUGUCUAGAGACCUGAAAUGGGGGUUGUGCUUGCUUUGCCCUCCACCGCUGAGCAGUCUCCCUAGUUUCCCUCCAGGUGAAAAAAUGCUUCUGUUCCCGAGGCAAAGAAAGUGGUGGUGCAGCCUUCAUCCCACCGGGGCAUGAUUACAUCCUGCUGACUCCCAACUGGGGGGGUUGAUAGUCGGUGUAAUAACUUGUUCCCAACGGGGCUCUGAAGUGGGAAAGCACAGGCUCACUAUGGCCUGGCUUGGCUGAGUCAUGUCUGCCUCCAUCAUACACAAUCAUCAUGGAUGUCUCUCUUACACACAUUGCAUUUGGUAAGAGAUUUAGGGCCCAUUGCCACUGAAUGCCAUGGGGAAAUUCUUACAAGUGCAGGGCUUUGCUCUGCAGGCAGGUUCCCAAAUGAACUGCAGAGGCAACAGAGGAUGUCUAUGUAGCGUCAGCUGUGGGACCAACCUGGAUCGCCGUAAUGAACUGACAAGCCAGGGGCACAGCGGUGAGCUGAAUCCAGACAGCAUGCAUGUAAAGAGCAUAAUGCCUGUGAAAAUGAGCUGGGAUAAGCUUUGCCAAUGGAGUACUAACUACCUGAAAGUAUGUAAGAGAUGCUUUUAGGAGAAAUGGAGUCCCAGCUACUGAUGGAAAUCUUGCUCGAACCUUCUUGUGCAUAAUUUUGCAGAGCUAGCUGCUCAGUCAUUUCAAAUCCUUUUCCGCUCAGCUAACUUCACCAUGUGGAAAUGUUAGGCACAAAGCUGCAAACUCCCCAACCCCGUCAAUGGCUUAGCCUGGUUUUCACAAACUUUCCCACCCCUUAAAGCUUCUUGAGCAGAAAAGCUGCUUGGGGCUAAAGACAGCAGAUGAAAUCCAUAUGAGACUUAGGCACCUCGCUGCCUUUCUUCACUUCCUAAGUCCGAUAUUUAAAGAUUGCACAACUCUGCUCAGCAACAGCCUAACCCUGUGUAUCCCUAAAGCCUUUGGGACCCCAAAUUUGACAGCCCUAUAUAGAUGCUUCUGAGCUUCUUGAAGCUCCUUUUUUCCUGUAUAUGAUCUGAUUUAGGGAUAAAAAGUCUAUAGCUUGAUUCUUCAUAAACUGCAGAACUUCACAGGAGUGAAGCGGCUAUGCUGAGGUGCAUUAGCCGACGAUCAGGUUCAAAGCCUUGACAAAAGCUGCCCAACACUGAUCUUUUGUGUGCUGCCACAGAGCAGUUCAGAGGAACAUAAAUCAGCUCUUCAAAUCCUAAGUGUGAAGGUAAAGAACAUUUCUGCAAUUUACUGAACAGUUUU